GGAAAUUGCAAACUUGCCACGCGAAAAUCUUGAGACAACUUUCCCGUCGACACGCUGUACAAUGUCGUUUGACCCACUUUGAUUUAUUUAUGUAUUUGAUAUUCUCAUUUGUAAAUUAUAAUUGAUGAGAGCGGAGCACCAUUCGGUUUAAACGACUCAACGACAGAGGUAUUUCAGUCUCGACAAUGGAGUAUCAGAAUAGCGGAAUGCUUUCAAGAGAUCAGCUGCUUUAUCUCUUCGAUCGGUUCGCCUUUCUCACCUCACAUCCUGAGGUGAAGAAACGGAUUGCUGACGCCGUCAACGACAAGCAGGAAGCUGUAGCAGUAACUACUGCAAUUCAAGGGGAGAUAUUUUCGGAGAUGGGAGUUGAUCCACAGUUUGGUCUGGCUUGCUUGGGAAAAGUAAACAUGACUUAUGAGAAUGAUCGGGAGUUGAUGGCUCAGUUUUAUGGUUUUCUAGCGAAGGAAGAGAUAGCUUGUGAUGAAGCAGAACUUGGGGCAGAAAAAUUCGCAGAAAGAAUGGAAAUGCAACAGUAUUUACAUGAACAGCAAUUGGAGAUGUUGAAGCACAUGCGCAACUUUCACCUGGAUGAUCAGUCUGCAAUCCUUGAAAAGAUCCACCAACAGAUGGAAGAGGCCAAUUUUGAAUCCGAGGCAUCAGUCUUGUCGGUUGAGCAGAUCCAGGACAUUGUUAGAAGGAGGGUGUCACCAGUGUUUCAGCCGAGAUAGUGGUUUCAGUUGUACAUGAAUCUGCUUUUAAACAUUAUCAGGAAGGCUAGCCUCUAAUACACUUUGUUAUUGGUAACUCGUGAGGCUCGAUCACUACCAACUUCAUGUUUUAGUAUUCAUCGAAUUUCUUAAGGGUGUCAGAACAACUGUUGCACAUAUGAUACUUGAUCAUAUUUCUGUCAUUUCUUUUAUUGAUUUCUAUUAGUAUUGC